GAUUACAACCCUGUACCCCCACCAACGAACCAGAACGUUGUGUUGUUUUUGCGUAAAGUUAUGGCCGGGCUUUUACACAUAAGUAAAUUGUGCAGUAAUAAGAAUACACUUACAUAUACUUAUCACAUUAAAUGCUACAAACAAAUUAGAACACAACUGCACGCUCGUGUGCUCUAUAGAACCCUUGCCAGAUCCGACGAUUAUGACAGCCAAAAUGAAACAAGCAAGGUCAAAAAGAUUACUCCGUUUACGCCCACACCAGGCAAUAAACUGCUUGGCGGCAUUUUCGCCAAAAAGGCAAAAGGCAGCAGCGGCAACGAUGGUGUCACACCCUUGGGAAAACUGGACGCCCCCGAGGUCACGUCCAAGGACAUGAUGCGUGCCAUGAUGGCGUAUAUUUGGCCCAAGGAGGAUCCACUUGUGCGCAAGCGGGUGGGUAUAUCGUUGGGUUUGCUCGCUGGAUCCAAGCUGCUGACUGUCUGUGUGCCAUUUUUAUUCAAAGGCGCCGUGGACACAAUGACGACACUCAACAUGGAUACAGCACCGGACGCAGUGCUGUCCGCCGCAACGGCAAUGCUUCUAGGCUAUGGCAUUGCCAGAGCCAGUGCUGCUGGCUUCAACGAGCUGCGCAAUGCGGUGUUUGCCAAGGUGGCUCAUCAUUCCAUACGCAAGAUUGCCACCAAUGUGUUUCUGCAUCUGCACAAUCUGGAUUUGGCCUUCCAUCUGAAUAAGCAAACAGGCGCCUUGUCCAAGACAAUCGAUCGCGGCUCUCGUGGCAUUAACUUUGUCCUCUCGGCCAUGGUGUUCAACAUUGUGCCUACGAUCUUUGAGUUGGCGCUGGUCUCCAGCUUGCUAGGCUUCAAGUGCGGAUUGGCCUUUGCUGGCGUUAGCAUGGGCUGUGUGGGCGUCUAUGCUCUCUACACGCUGAGUGUGACGCAGUGGCGCACUCGCUUCCGUGUCUACAUGAAUCAGGCGGAGAACGAGGCGGGAAACAAAGCUGUCGACUCGCUCAUCAACUACGAGACGGUCAAGUACUUCAAUAACGAGAAGUACGAGGCUGGCUGUUACAACGAGGUGCUGAAAAAGUACGAGACGGCCAGCUUAAAGACAAGUACCAGCCUGGCGAUGCUUAAUUUCGGACAGAAUGCAAUCUUCAGCAGUGCGCUUAGUAUCAUCAUGGUGCUGGCAGCCAAGGAAAUUGUUCAGGGAAACAUGACUGUUGGAGAUUUGGUUAUGGUCAAUGGAUUGCUGUUUCAGCUAUCCAUUCCAUUGGGUUUCCUUGGCAGCGUGUAUCGUGAGGUGCGACAAGCUUUACUUGAUAUGCAGGCCAUGUUUACGCUCAUGAAUGUGGACAGUCGCAUUCAGACGGCACCCAAUGCACAGCCUCUGUUCGUGGACACCAGCAACUCAUCAAUUGAGUUCCAGAAUGUUAGCUUUGAGUAUGAACCGGGCAAGCCCAUUUUCAAGGACCUUUCGUUUAGCAUACCUGCCGGCAAGAAUGUGGCCAUUGUUGGUGGUUCCGGUUCCGGCAAGUCGUCUAUGGUGCGUCUGCUGUUUCGAUUCUUUGAGCCAAAUUCGGGACGUAUUUUAAUUGGCGGCCAGGACAUUAGCGCCGUUGAGCUAGACAGUCUGCGCAAAUCCAUUGCAGUGGUGCCUCAGGACUCUGUGUUGUUCCACAACACCAUCGAACAUAACAUACACUAUGGCAACCUGACCAAAUCCCACGAGGAUGUCCAAAAUGCUGCACGCAUGGCCGAUCUGCAUGAAUCAAUCAUGAGUUGGCCAAAUCAAUAUCGUACCCAGGUGGGAGAACGUGGUCUUAAGCUGUCUGGUGGCGAAAAGCAACGCGUUGCCAUUGCUCGCGCCAUUCUGAAGAACACACCAAUCCUAGUCUUUGACGAAGCAACCAGCAGUCUGGACUCUAUCACUGAGCAUAACAUUCUUCAGGCUCUUUCACGCGCUACUUCGGGUCGCACCAGCAUUUGCAUUGCCCACCGACUGUCCACUGUCAAGGAUGCCGAUGAGAUUCUGGUCCUGGAGAAUGGUUGUGUUGGCGAGCGUGGCACACAUUCGGAGCUGCUGAAGCAAAAUGGUCUCUAUGCUCGCCUGUGGGAGACGCAGACUCAACAAUUCGAUCCCAGUCGCCUGGCAGAGGAUAAACCACAAGCAGAAUCGAUCAGCAUGUAGACAAGUUUCGGUUACGUUUGUAACGUGUUCUAUUACACUUAUUAUUUUGACGAUGCCAUCAAAAUUACAGUAGAGGCUCCCACAAGGAGAUUUGUUAUAUAAAUGGGCUGAAAGAAAUAUUGUGUCCAGUUUGUAAAUACAGUUAUAAAUAUGUAGAGGGUAAAAAAUACAUA